GUCAAAUCGUUUAUUAUCAUCAUAAUGGGGAAAUAAUGACUCGCAGGAUUUAACGUCCCCGGAGGUGUUAAUUGCUGCAGUAGGGGUUGUUUCGCUCACAUGCGCACGGUUCGCCCUGUUUGUUCUUUCGCCCCUAAUUGAGCUUACAUUGUGCUGGAGGUUUGCUGCGCUGGGAGUCCUCUCCAUGCUCCACCUCCUCUAGGAUUAGGACAGCUGCCUCUGCUCUGCCUUCCUGUUUGAGGCCAGGGCUGCAGGACAGUCACUUACUUACCCCGGCUCAGCCUGAUCUCUGUGGCAUGCAGCUGGCUGUGGGGCACAGGACAUUGUGUGUGUGAUGCCACGGACCCCCUGCCAGGGAGACAGCAAGGACCAUGAAUAAAAAUCAGGAUGCAUGCAGACCGACGUCUUUCAGCUUCACCAUUGACAGUAUACUGCAGCUAAGCUCAAGGAAGCCAGAUGCCAUUAAGCCUCACAGAGGCUUCAUUCCCAGGUCCACAGAAGACAGCAGAGAUCUUCACAGGCAGAAGGAAGAAGAGGAGGAUGAAGAAGAGCUUACAGGACCAGAAAACAGCACUACAGCCCUGUUCCCAGCACAUGGUUAUAGAAGUUGCCUUCUUGCCUCCAGUUACAGACACAGAGACUUACCUUGCAGAGCCGACAGCCCCGACAGUUUGGAUGACGGACCAUCCCCAACCUCAGAAAAACACAGCAAGAAAACCAAACUUUUGGUAAAAAAGAAGACAAGAACCAUCUUUUCCAAAAGUCAAAUUUUUCAGCUGGAAUCCACCUUUGACAUGAAGCGUUAUCUGAGCAGCGCUGAGAGGGCUUGUCUUGCUAACUCAUUGCAGUUGACCGAGACUCAGGUGAAGAUAUGGUUCCAGAACAGGAGGAAUAAGCUAAAAAGACAAUUGUCCUCUGAGCUGGAGGGUCCGGUUUUAGGAGAUCAGACUGGAGAUAUCACACCUGCUCUUGCCCUUCCAGUCAUUUACAAAGACAAUUCAUAUCUAAACAGAUGCAUUUUGCCAAUGUCCUUCCCUGUUAUGUACCCUGGAAGCACAAUUCCUUAUCUUUGUUUUCCAAAUACUGGCAAAUAUUACAGCCUUACAGAUGGGGAUGCAUAAAGCCAACUAAAGAGACA